GGAGUGCGUGUGUUAAAAAGAGACACAGUGACCAAGUGUGAGCAAAUACAUGUGAAUGAAAACUACUUUUCAAUCGAAAGCGAUGUGCAUACAAGUGAGAGACUGACUUAAACUGGUCGAUGCUGUGUUGUACGAUUGUUGUGGUUUAAACGAGUAUUCAUUAUUCGCUGGUAGACGGUGUCAAUUGUAAAGUCAACGGAUUCAGUACUAGCAUGCGAUUCAAAGUGUAAGGUCGUUCAUUGAGACAUUUAUUGCCAGAUAUACACACAUAAGAAAGAGAGACUCAAAUUUGCCAAGUAUUUGGUCUUUUUUUUGUACAACUUCUGAUUUGAUUUCAUCGUUAUAAACACAAAAGUGCAAUUGCAUCGCAUUUUUUUCUUCAAAUCAUCAUCAACAACAAAAGAAACCAGUCAAAAAUUAGAUAUUUCUGAGGAUUUUUUUUUUUUUUUGGAUUUCAUUGGCUACGUUGACCAUCUGUCAAAUUGCUGUACGAAAAGAGCAAAAGAGAGAAGAAGAGUGAAAAAAGAGAGGAUUUUUUUUUCGUUUGUUCGUUCGGCUAAGUCAAUGUGAGAAUUGUUGUGUAAUUAUGUGCGCGAUUCACACCACAUAUCGAAGAGAGAGAAAAAACGUAACGAAUUUCGCGAUUACAACUGCUGAUUUCAUCUGAAUUUUAAAAAAACCAAGUGAUUUUAUAAUCAGUUCAAUUUUCAAUACAAAAUUAGAACAUAUUUUCUGAAUGACAUUAACAAAAGAGAUGCUGCAAUUGAAUCUACGUCAAACGAAAAAAUUAUCAUAGAUGUGUCGAGCGAUUCGUAUAGUUUUGCCCGUGCUGCUUGCGUAGAAUAUUUAAAUUUAGUUAACCUUUAGUGACAUUGAAGCAUUGAUUAUGGUUUUUCUGAUGUAUAUGACCAGAAAAAUGCGAUGAAUGAAUGGAUUUAAAGUUUAAGGACAAAGAAAAGAAAAACAACAACAACAACAACAACAACCGAUUUAAAUCAAAAGAAAAUUUAAUCGCACAUCAGCUGGAAGGCGGUUGAAACGUUGAUACGCGAUAACCCGAAUACCAACAACGAAUUAGAUUUGAAUUUCACACGAGCGCAAUCAAAUAGCGUGGAUCCGAAGGCACAAGCUCUUGUGAUAACAUUCCGGUCAAACUAAAUUGCAUCUCUAAUAAUACGCAUUAAUCCACUGAAUUGGUCAGAGAUCAAAUUAAAUCAAAAAACACACACAGACCAAAAGACAAUACAAAUUAUUAUCUAAAAUUCAUAAAGUCAAGUGUUUGAAGCACACUCGUUUCGGCGCGAGCACGAUCGUGAUAUAAAGAUACACAAUCUAAAAAUAGAAACAAACGCUCGUUUGCACAUUUUCGAACUAAAAAACAUUGUUAAUAUUUUGUAAAUAAGAGUGCAGCUGCAAUCUUAAUCAAAUUCGUUCGCAUACUUCGUGGUCGUUCAUAGUAUGACAAUGACGAAAAAAGAAGAAGAUGAUGACUUGUUGCCCGAUAAGGAUGCAGCCAAAGGUUUCUACGCUAAAUAUGAACCCAAGGAAAUUCUCGGCAGAGGAAUCAGUUCAACGGUGCGGAGAUGCAUUGAGAAAGAGACGGGUCGAGAGUUUGCCGCGAAAAUCAUCGAUGUAGGUGCUGAAAGCGGCGAUGCCUCACCAUCACAAAUGCUCGAAGCAACACGGCAGGAAAUUGCAAUAUUGCGACAAGUAAUGGGUCAUCCUUAUAUAAUUGAACUACAAGAUGUGUUCGAAUCAGAUGCCUUCAUUUUUCUCGUAUUUGAGCUGUGCCGAAAUGGCGAACUAUUCGACUAUUUGACAUCGGUUGUGACCCUUUCGGAAAAGAAAACCCGAUAUAUUAUGAGACAAAUAUUCGAGGGUGUUGAUUAUAUUCACUCGAAUUCAAUUGUACAUAGAGAUUUAAAACCAGAGAAUAUCCUAUUAGAUGAUAAUUUUAAUGUAAAAAUUACGGAUUUCGGUUUCGCCAAAGUCUUGGAUAAUAAUGAUAAAUUGUUUGAUUUAUGUGGCACACCUGGUUAUUUGGCACCCGAAACGCUGAAAUGUAGCAUGUGGGAAAAAUCUCCCGGAUAUUCAAAAGAAGUAGAUAUCUGGGCAUGUGGCGUCAUAAUGUUCACACUGCUUGUUGGUUGCCCGCCGUUUUGGCACCGAAAGCAAAUGGUCAUGCUGCGAAAUAUUAUGGAGGGAAAGUACAGUUUCACAUCUCCAGAAUGGGCCGAUAUUUCUGAGGACCCCAAAGAUCUCAUUAGAAAGUGUUUAGUCGUUGAACCCGAGAAACGAAUAACGGUCAAAGAAGCUUUGGCGCAUCCGUUCUUUACAACCACGCUAUUUGAACAAGAUAUUGGCCCCCUCAAGAGGAGUUUAUCAGCUAAAUCAAGAAGAUUCAGUCGCAUAACCGAAAUAGCACUGUUGCGACGCCAAAGUCAAUUUAAUGCUCGCAAGAAGUUCCAAUAUGCGAUACUAUGUGUACGCGCAAUGGUACGAAUCAAGAGACUGCGAUACACGAUUGAACCGCUGAGAAUGGAAGAUUCUCUCAAGGAUCCGUAUCGUGUCAAAAUACUGCGAAAGGUCAUUGAUGGCUGUGCGUUCCGAGUGUAUGGCCACUGGGUGAAGAAGGGUGAGGGUCAAAAUCGUGCGGCGCUCUUUGAAAAUACACCGCGCACUGAGCUGCACACACUGUAUCUGGCCAAUCUGAGCCGAUAGAAUACAGCCGUUUACCUACAUUAUUAUUUUUAACGACUGAUCGUAGCGUGUAUUGACUGUAAUCGUACUAAAUUAUUAACUAUAAUUGUCUGUGUUAUCUGUUAGGGUUUUUUUUAGCAACGAUUAAGACAAGAAAAAAAAGAAUAACAAACGCAACAGUUCGCGUCGCGAAUUUGCAGCUAAAUUUAGAUAAGAAUCAACCAUUAGAACAAGUCAUGUAACAAUAACGUAGAUCCAAAACUGUUUCCUAUUUUAUUAGCACGGACAUGAACAAGCUGAAACACGGUGAAAAUCGGUUUCGAUAAUAAGGAAGCGAUUGAAUUUAUUGAUCUGAAUUCAAAGCAAAAAAAAAGACGCUUAUUUUGAUGUGCGUAUGAUGUUGAUAUUAAUACGUGUAAUGUUCAUUGCUAUGGACGUUGUUUGAAAGACUCCCGAAAAUUUAUCCAAAGCAAUACAGCAGAUUCGUAUCUGAUGUUAUCGUAAGUUUCUUUUUUUUUCGAGGCCAAAAACAUAAACGCGUGACAAAUUUGUCUUUUGUUUCGAACAAACCCCGCACACAUCAAACGAACAUAUAUGUUUAAUUUAUUGCAAGACUUAAUAAAUUAUUAUGUUCCGAUUUGCACGGGACAACACAUAAUGCUGAAGUCGAUUUUUGUUGAACAUUUAACAUUUGUUAUUUAAUGGAUAAUUUUAACAAAUAAAUGAAUUUAAUUUAUAUUUUUUUGAAAUGAAAAA